CAACAAACAAUCUCCCACCUGGUAAGUCAGAGCCUUUUCAAAUCCCAUCCGCGGCCGAAUCUUGCUGUCGCGCCUCGCCGACGCCUGUGGGAGGUCCCACAGAGCUCAGACGAUUGAGAGCUGGGCGCCAUGUCAAGCGUUUCUUCCUUCUCCGCUGCAUCAUAGGGCUGAGCUGUGCCUAUUUAUGCUUCUUCGCCCGCUCACAGCUCUCCGAUUCCGCAAUUGAUUUUUUCGAGUGAAGCUUUUACUGAUAGCAUUCACUUACAGUACCACCAACAUCAUGCCUAUCACAAAGAUUCACGCCCGCUCCGUCUACGACUCUCGUGGUAACCCCACCGUCGAGGUCGACAUCGUCACUGAGACCGGUCUGCACCGCGCCAUUGUCCCCUCAGGUGCCUCGACUGGCUCGCACGAGGCUUGCGAACUCCGCGAUGGAGACAAGACCAAGUGGGGUGGUAAGGGUGUCUCCAAGGCUGUCGCCAACGUCAACGACACCAUUGCCCCUGCUCUCAUCAAGGAGGGCCUCGAUGUGAAGGACCAGUCCGCCGUCGACGCUUUCUUGAACAAGCUUGAUGGCACUAAGAACAAGGAGAAGCUCGGUGCCAACGCCAUCCUUGGUGUCUCCAUGGCCAUCGCAAAGGCCGCAGCUGCCGAGAAGGGCGUUCCCCUCUACGCUCACAUCUCUGACUUGGCUGGCACCAAGAAGCCUUACGUCCUUCCCGUUCCCUUCCAAAACGUCCUCAACGGUGGCUCGCACGCCGGUGGCCGCCUUGCUUUCCAGGAAUUCAUGAUCGUCCCUUCCCAAGCUCCCACUUUCACCGAGGCUAUGCGCCAGGGUUCUGAAGUCUACCAGAAGCUCAAGACCCUUGCCAAGAAGAAGUACGGACAGUCUGCCGGAAACGUCGGUGACGAGGGUGGUGUCGCUCCCGAUAUUCAGUCCCCCGAGGAGGCCCUUGAUCUCAUCACUGAGGCUAUCGAAGCGGCCGGCUACACUGGCCAGGUCAAGAUCGCCAUGGAUGUUGCAUCCAGCGAAUUCUACAAGACCGAGGAGAAGAAGUACGACCUGGACUUCAAGAACCCCGACAGCGACAAGAGCAAGUGGCUCACCUACGAGCAGCUCGCUGAGCUGUACAAGUCCCUGGCUCAGAAGUACCCCAUUGUCAGCAUCGAGGACCCCUUCGCUGAGGACGACUGGGAGGCCUGGUCGUACUUCUACAAGACCUCCGACUUCCAGAUUGUCGGUGAUGACUUGACCGUCACAAACCCAGAGUUCAUCAAGAAGGCCAUUGAGCUGAAGUCUUGCAACGCUCUUCUGCUCAAGGUUAACCAGAUCGGCACCAUCACUGAGGCCAUUCAGGCUGCCAAGGAUGCUUACGGUGCCGGAUGGGGCGUCAUGGUCUCUCACCGCUCCGGUGAGACUGAGGAUGUCACCAUCGCAGACAUCGUCGUUGGUCUGCGUGCCGGACAGAUCAAGACUGGUGCGCCAGCCCGAUCUGAGCGUCUCGCCAAGCUCAACCAAAUUCUCCGCAUUGAGGAGGAGCUCGGUGACAACGCCAUCUACGCUGGUGACAACUACAGGACCGCUGUCAACUUGUAAGCAGUCGUUGGUAUGGAGUGAUGAAGCUAGGAAAAGCACGAACAUGAAAGUAGUGCGAUGAGUGAUGAUUCGAUAAUGAACGAAUAUGUAUAAGAAAUACACGAGAACGAUCGAUACCC